AUGAUUGAAUCAAUUAUUAAAGACGUAGCAACAGAUCAUUUUGAAAUUAUUGCUAUUGGGCAGCGUGAACUUGAUUUUGUAAAAGAGAAAUCAUUGUCAAAAUCAUUAGACUUCUUUAAGAAGGCGCAGAAAUCCUGGAUUGAAGGGGUUUUUUAUAAGCGAGAAUGUGGCAAAAUUAUACCCAGUUCCAAAGAUUCACACAGGUGUCUUCCAGGAUGUCAGAUUUGCCAGAACCUGGUGAGGUGCUGCUGUGGACGGCUAGUAGGUGAUCACCCUGGCUUAGAUAACAAAUUACCAGUCUAUUUAUCAGCUCACAAUGAUGGAGAGGAGGAAUGGUGCAUUGAGAAUCACACCAUAGCAAGUCCAACUGAUUCUUUCGGUACCAUAGAUUUCCAGGAUGGCGCUUACUCCUACCGUGCUAAGUAUAUUAGAGUCUCAUACGACACGGAACUGCACCAGUUGCUCCAUUUGAUGUUGAAGGAAUGGCUAAUGGAACUACCAAAGCUACUAAUAUCUGUCCAUGGGGGGAGCCAGAACUUUGAACUUCCUCCAAAGCUGAAACAAAUCUUUGGGAAAGGACUUAUCAAAGCAGCUGAGACUACUGGGGCCUGGAUAGUGACGGAAGGCAUCAACACGGGAACUUCUAGACAUGUUGGAGAUGCAAUAAAAGAUCACACGUCCCCAUAUUUACGAAAGAUCUGCAUAAUAGGGAUUACACCCUGGGGAGUCAUAGAAAAUCACCGAGAUUUGAUUGGGCAAGAUGUAGUGCGACCCUAUCAGACACUCGGUAACCCAUUGAGCAAGCUGACCAGUUUAAAUAGCAAGCAUUCCCACUUCAUCCUAGUAGAUGAUGGAACUGUUGGCAAAUAUGGGAAUGAGAUGAAGCUGAGGAGGAAGCUGGAAAAAUAUAUUGCACUUCAAAGAAUCCAUACUCGGAUGGGCCAAGGUGUCCCUGUUGUGGGGCUGGUGAUUGAAGGUGGACCUAAUGUCAUCCUGACUGUGUGGGAAUAUGUAAGGGAUACUCCCCCUGUGCCUGUUGUUGUAUGUGAAGGAACAGGCAGGGCAGCUGAUCUCCUGUCUUUUACUCAUAAACACACUGCGGAUGGUGGGAAAUUGUAUCCUGGCUUGGAAGAUGAAUUAAUAUUAAUGAUCCAGAAGACCUUUAAUUUUGGGCAGAAACAAUCAGAUCAUUUGUUUAAAAUUCUUAUGGAAUGCAUGGAGCACAGAGAAUCAAUUACAAUUUUUGAUGCAGACUCCGAAGAACAACAGGACAUCGACUUGGCAAUAUUAACUGCUCUCCUUAGAGGUACCAAUACUUCUGCAUCAGAUCAGCUAAGUUUGGCUUUGGCAUGGGACAGAGUGGACAUUGCAAAGAAAAACAUUUUGGUUUAUGGACAACAUUGGAAGGUGGGAUCCUUGGAACAGGCCAUGCUUGAUGCUCUGGUCAUGGAUCGUGUGGAUUUUGUGAAACUGCUGAUUGAGAAUGGUGUGAGCAUGCAUCGCUUUCUCACCAUCUCCAGACUUGAGGAGCUCUACAAUACGAAACAAGGUCCAAUUAAUCUUUUGUUGCACCAUCUGGUUCGAGACAUGAAACAGAGUAACCUUCCUCCUGGUUACAAAGUUACUUUGAUUGACAUUGGAUUGGUGAUGGAAUACCUGGUAGGAGGUGCUUACAGAAGCCUCUAUACACGGAAAUCCUUCAGACUUCUGUAUAAUAGCCUCUACAGACAGCACAAGCGAGUUAGACGUCAUGCCGUCACCAGUUUCACUCAAAGCUGGAGCAACCAUUCCCUGAAUCAGAACCGAGAACCAGCUGCCAGAGUGCAAAGUGAUGAGCAGAGGCUUCACUCUCAGUUUAUUAGAACAGCUCAGCCAUACAAACGCAAGGAAAAGCCAACUUCAAGCAGUAAGUCAAAAAGGAACCAGAAAAACGGUUUGAAUUAUACAGUGGAGCACGAUUCUGCAGGUUUUAUCUAUCCCUACAAUGACCUGUUGGUGUGGGCUGUGUUGAUGAAACGUCAGAGGAUGGCCAUGUUCUUCUGGCAGCAUGGAGAAGAAGCCAUGGCUAAGGCAGUCGUGGCCUGCAAACUGUACAGGGCAAUGGCUCAUGAGGCAAAGCAGAGCAACAUGAUGGAUGACAUUUCGGAGCAGCUAAAACAGUAUUCCACGGAAUUUGGACAGCUUGCUGUGGAUCUUUUAGACCAAGCGUUCAAACAGAAUGAGCGAAUGGCAAUGAAACUGCUGACAUAUGAGCUGAAGAACUGGAGCAACUCCACAUGUUUGAAACUGGCAGUGUCAUCUGGCCUUCGGCCCUUUGUCUCCCACACAUGCACUCAGAUGCUCUUGACUGAUAUCUGGAUGGGACGGCUGAAUAUGAGGAAGAACUCAUGGUUUAAGGUCAUUUUGAGCAUUCUUCUUCCUCCCACCAUUCUGAUGCUGGAGUUUAAGAGCAAGGCUGAAAUGUCCCACAUACCUCAAUCUCAGGAGUUUCAUCAGUUUGCUCGACAAUGCAGUGCACAAAACUCCAGUGCUGCUAAGGACGAUCAAUCUUCUAUGGAGUUUGAUACAGAGACUGGCCCAGAAAAGUCUGCGAAUGAAGUCAUCAGUACAAGACAAAAAGGACUGCCUUGGACGAGAAAAGCUUAUGAAUUCUACAGUGCCCCGAUUGUCAAGUUCUGGUUCCAUACGAUAGCUUAUUUGGGAUUCCUGAUGCUAUUCACUUACACAGUGUUAGUGAAAAUGGAACCUCUGCCCAGUGUCCAAGAAUGGAUUGUCACUGUCUACAUUUUCAGUACGGCUGUGGAGAAAGCCAGAGAGAUCUUCAUAUCAGAGCCAGGAAAGUUCAGCCGGAAGAUUAAAGUUUGGGUCCAAGAGUACUGGAACGUCAAUGAUUCUGUGGCUAUAGUCUUGUUUGUUAUCGGGUUUGGCUUACGUUGGACUGACCACCCAUUACAGGCAGCUGGAAAGAUAAUCUAUUCCCUGGACUUUAUAUUUUGGUUUGUGAGGCUUCUGGAUUUCUUUACAGUUAAUCAACAUGUAGGGCCAUACCUGACAAUGAUUGGCAGAAUGGCAAGUAUUUUAAAACUUUUUGCUUGUGAAGAAGAUGCGGAUUGUCCUCCUGGCUCAUUUCUUAAUCCGUUUCUUCAGGCAGUUUAUCUUUUUGCACAAUAUAUUAUACUGGUUAAUCUACUCAUCGCUUUGUUCAACAAUGUGUACUAUGAAAUGAAAUCCAUAUCUAACAAACUUUGGAAGUAUAAUCGCUACCGUUACAUUAUGACCUAUCAUGAAAAGCCAUGGCUGCCACCUCCAAUUAUUAUCUUCAGUCACGUAGCUCAGCUACUGAGUCGAAUUUACCAACGUCGAGCCAAAAAUGAGGUGGAUCAAGAAGAAGAGGACGUCGGUUUAAAAUUGUAUCUAAGUAAGGAGGAAUUGAAAAAGCUUCAUGACUUUGAAGAGCUUUGUGUGGAGAAAUACUUUCACGAGAAGAAUGAAAAUCUCCAUUCAAGUGACAAUGAAAGAAUUAGAGUAACAACUGAAAGAGUUGAAGAAAUGGCUAUGCAUUUGAAAGAAGUAAAUGAAAAAGUCCAUUAUGUCAAGGAAUCUUUGCACAGUUUAGACAGCCAACUUGGACAUCUACAGGAUCUCUCGGCCUUGACUGUGGAUACUCUGAAAGUGAUCUCUGCUGUGGAUAGUUUAAAAGUGGAUGAUGCAUUUUUAGGGAGUAACACAGAAAGCAGUGACUUCCGAAAACUGCCACAUAGCUGGAGCAAUGUGAUCCACCUGAAUCCUUUGGAUAAUUUUUCUGCUGAAGCAAAGCAAAAUUAUUUUAGCACUCCACCUUCACUACUUCGGAACUUAGCAAACAGCCAAAAGCCAUCAAUAUGUUAUAGUAAUGCCAACAUUGUAGUUGAAUUACCCAAGUCAGAAAAGCAGGAUGAGAACAAGCAGGUAUCUUGUGCUGACCGUGCCUGUCCAAAGGAGAAAGAGUUGGAAGGUCAUACUGUCAUGUCAGAAAUAUCAUCUGAGCCCACAUCACCUCAUAGAUAUACACAUUUAUUCCCAGUUCCUUCCACUUUCGAAAGCUUUAAGCACACAGAUCUACGUUUUAAUUUGUCACUUCCAAGCACUCCAACAUUGACUGAUUUAAAUUCCAAUGUUCAAAAGCGGGAGAAGAGUCCAUGCAGAACACCAAUACAAUUCAGCUUUCAAAGCACACUCUCUGAUCAGAAUGAGGGUGAAAACCAUGGGAAGCAAUGGGACAUUAUUCGUACGAAUCCUGAAAGAACUGAUGGAAAGGUGGAUACACUUUCAUUGGACCUACUGGCUUCUCCGUUUGUUAUUGAUGGUCCCCUUUUAUCAGAUAGUCACAGUGAAAGAAGUGAGGUUGGCUAUGUCAACUGGUCAUUCAAUGAAGAUGACGAGCCUGGGAUCUUCGGUGCAAGUUUGAAGAAUCAAAGGAAAAAACAUGUGCAUUCUUUAUUCAAUACUAACUGUACCAAUAGAGAUGAUGGGUCAUGCCAUAUUCAGGUCAAAAAGUCUCAUUCCUUCUCAUUCAAUUCAGAUGGAUCUGAGCUUAAUAAUGAGAACUUGGAGUCUUUCUCCAAACACAAAUACAACAGUAUUUCCUACUGGAUCAAUCCACUGAGAAGGAACAGCUGGUCUUCUCAAAGAAACAGCUUAAGGUUCAAGAUUCAGAAGGAAGAACAUUUGUGGCGCAGUACGAAAAUAAAAGCCUUUAAAAAACUUUCACAGCCUUCGAACUCAAUGAGGUCAAAAUUAAAACAACAAAAUUGUAGGAGAACAUCCUCCAGACGGCAAAAAAAACCUCCAAAGCUGCAAGUACCGAUAAUCACGGUAGACGGGUGUUCUCAGAAGGCUUUGGACUCAUCUCAACAAAACAAUGCUGGAAGUGAAAAGAACGUGGAAGAAAAGGAAUGUAACAAAAAUUGGCUAACUAUCUCCACUUUCAACCAAAUCACAGGUAAUGAAGCUGUCAGUUGUCCAAACCAAAACAUUCAUGAUCAGGAUGGCAGCAUGAUAUCGAAACCAUGCAGUGAAGUUGUAAGGACAUCAUUUGAGGAUCUGACUAAAGAUUCCUUUUUGCUAAGUAAACUAAGCAGGAAAUCCUCGUCAAACUCAUGUGUUAUUGAUGGAUUUGUUACCUCAUUUAAAACUUCUCAGGAUCUGAACUACCAUUACUCUGCGGUUGAAAGAAAUAAUUUAAUGAGGCUUGCGCAGACAAUACCAUUCACGCCCGUGGAUCUCUUUGCUGGUGAGGAGGUAACCAUCUACAAAUUGGAGGAGAGUUCACCGGUGAACCUGGACAAGAGUAUGUCCUCCUGGUCUCAGCACGGUUUGGCUGCCAUGAUCCAUGUCCUUUCCAAGGAAGAAAUGGAUGGAGGUCUUCGUCGGGCUAUGAAGGUGUGCUGCACUUGGUCAGAGGAAGAUGUGCUGAAAAGUGGGCAGACUUACAUCAUAAAGUCCUUCCUGCCAGAAGUAGUUAAAACCUGGCAGAAAAUCUUUAGUGAAGGAACAGUGCUCCAUCUCUGUCUGAGAGAAAUUCAGCAGCAAAGAGCUGCACAGAAACUCAUUUACACUUUUAAUCAAAUGAAGCCACAAACCAUUCCUUAUACUCCACGGUUUCUGGAAGUUUUCCUGGUUUAUUGCCAUUCUGCUAAUCAGUGGUUAACAAUGGAAAAGUACAUGAAUGGUCAGUUCAGAAAGUACAACAACAACAAUGGAGAUGAACUAAUUCCGACAAAUCUGCUGGAAGAGACCAUGUUAGCUUUUUCUCAUUGGUCGUAUGAAUAUACAAGAGGGGAACUACUCGUGCUGGACUUGCAAGGUGUUGGAGAAAAUCUUACUGACCCAUCCGUUAUUAAAGCUGAAGAAAAAGCAUCACGAGAUAUGGUGUUUGGACCAGCUAACCUAGGAGAAGAAGCAAUCAGAAAUUUUACAGUAAAACAUCACUGUAACACUUGCUGCAGAAAACUAAAACUACCAGAUCUGAGAAGAAACUUUUAUAACCCAAGCAAAGUAAACCCUCCUCUUGAAGAUGAUCCUUCAACUGCUAAGACAAGCCUGUGACUUUUGGCUUUCUAUUUUUGCACAAAUAAGAAACCUGGAACCUAUUUAAUGGAAAUGAAGAAUGCCUAAUCACAUGGAAUGUUUAACUUUCUUAGUAUUGCAGAAGUGCAAACUGUUACUCAAUACCUGAUCAGCAAUUGUGAAACUGCUGUUUUUAGUACCAUGCCAAUAAUGUUUAUACUUAAAUUUUGGAUUUGUUUCAUAUUCAAACACACCUGCAAGCAUUGCCACUCAAAAAAGUCCACCACAGCACCUAUUUUGUCAAUUGCUCAAACAGUCAACUGUUCAGAUUGAUUUUGAGUGAAAUGUAAACCUUGGUGAUAGUCUCAACAGGAAAACUGACAGGCCUCUCUGUUACAGACUGAGUUAACAUGGUUUAAUGUUUCCUCAUUAGUUCCCUUGAACAUAUUGAAAAACAGCUGGAAACCCCUUAGACAUUGAUUCCUAGACAAAAUGGGAAUUUGACGUUAAAAGUAGGACCUUGAGUAGUGUUGUAGAACAGAGAGACCUAGAUGUUCAGGUAUAUAAUUCUUUGAAGUUUGUGUCACAGGUAGACAGGGUGGUUAAGAUGUUUAGCACA